AUGGAUGUACGGUUGAAUCCACUAAUUGAGGUUCUGCUGAUUGUCGGUGGUAAUUUGUCUACUGACUUUGGAAUAAGCGCAGACGGUAACAACGAUGAAUACAGAUUUGUUAUCACAAAUGUACCUUGCAGAAGUGAGAGUGACACCAGUUUAACUGUGGUUGAGGACUCUAUGAAAACUGCCUUCUGUUAUAUGGUAAAAAAUGCUACUGGCAUAGAGGGCUAUGAAAAUAUCGAAAAAAUAUGUCAUGAUGGGUUUUUGCCAACUGUCGAAGGAGUAUAUGAUUCAGCAGUCUUGUCACUUUCAGUAGAAUAUCUGAACAUUCGUAGACUACCGCUCACUUUAUAUAAUAACGAGGAAAACGAAAAACAGUCUUCAUUUUAUCUAGCUGAACAACUUAAACUGCGCUACGGAAAUAAAAUCAACCUGUCAGUGAAAAUGUGCCUUGAGAAAUGGUUAGGCGUAUCAGAUGCGCAUUCUCAGGCAAUGUAUUUUUCACCGGAGUAUCGUGCAUCAUAUUUAAACUUACCAGUGUUUAAAUGCGCUGACGAUUACGGACCAGCUAAACUUCCUGGUUGUACAGACACUCAUAACGAAAGGGAGGUGGAUACUUUACACUUCGCAGAGGGCAGUACUGUAGAUUACAUAGAUAACGGAAACAUGUCAGCCGAAAUAACACAGUUCGCCGAAGAAGUUAGCGAAAAGCUUACUCGUAAAAGCGGCUUCCUUUUCGAUUUUAGUUCCCAAGAUGCAAAUUUUACCGUUGUAAGGGAUGUUACAGGGGCGACCAUCGGCGUUUUUAGUAUUGCAGCUUUUUUAACGUGUGUUCAAUUUUUGCUGUUAAAAAAAUUUGCGGAAGAAACAGAAGAUGAGGAAGAAAAUAGUUUACCUUCGUGUACUGUUGUCGAUUCUUCUAGUUCAGUGUACAGUAGUGCGAGGGAAUCUGAAAAUUAUUAG